AUGUGUCAGGUCAUCUGGGCUACAAGUAGAAAACAUCGAGAUGACGCCAAACGCUUUCCCUGCAAGUACUGCAAAAAGUAUAGGGGAUCCAAUGGUUUCAAGCGUAGAGAUCAUCUCGUGCAACACGUCCGGAACUAUCAUCAUAUUGGCGAGGAUUCCCGGGGUCAUUACGAUGCAUACGCUCUUUGGUGCCCAAGUAUAGGGUGUUCCGAUCACGCGGAUUCCCCUAACAACGUUGGAAAGAGGCAAGCAUUCCAUAACUCGACACAAUACAUCAAGCACCUCCGUACUGUCCACGACCAGUCCGACCUCCCUUGCCCACAACCUGGCUGUGACCGCGUAAAUAGCAAGGGUUACUUUCGCCCGGCCGAUCUUCGCAACCAUCUUCGCAAGGUUCACGGCACAGAUGGUUCUUUGGGAGGCGAUAGAAUCUAGGCCACCCUCAGAAGCCCCACAACAUACAACACCCUGAAAAGGAUCAAACCCUUGCUCAAGACACAGCAGCAUCUCUUCCAACUCACAUACUCUCCAUGUCGCUACGACACUACGCAGUCCAUAAACACGAGUAAGACAAAAGAAAAGAGAUGACGCACGUCAUUGUCCCACGAGCAACCCCAACGGGAACAAUUAGAACGGCGUUGGAGUUUUGCUUUUUCAAAUUUCCUACAACACACCAAUACCCAAAACGCCCCAAAAAAAAUGGAAAGAACAGAGGAAAAUCCAACAACACAGUAACGACCAUGAGUCUUUUUUAUAUUCUUUCAUUUUGGCAAAGAGUCUUGUUUCGCGUCUACUUUUGUAUAUUUGUUUUUGCGUCUCCUUACAUAGAAUAACCAACUAUCGUCACUCGUUA